AUGGAGCUAGAAGAAAUGGUGCGACAGGCAGCAGAUGCUAUGCAGUCAACCGGAGUGUAUGCGGGAGACACUGUAGUCGCAACUGCAUCGCUGGGGGCAGUGUUUUGCUCAUUCAAUACUGAUCUUGGAGAAAAGGCGCUGAAAGAUCGACUCAGUCAGCUGUAUCCUAGGCUGGUGUUUGUACAGACAGAAUACACGUACAAUGGCAAACCUCACAGCAUUGCGCAAAGAACUAACACGAUUUUCUCCGCAAUCGAAAAGUCCGAUAGAGCAGAAAUAAUACGCUACGAAGAUGCUUUCAAUGAUCCAGCAUUGAAUCCCGAUUCCGGCCUCACUUUGGUCAAUUGGAGUGACUUCAUCAAUCGAGGAAUAGGACGGCCGUUAGUGUUUAAGCAAGUCCCAUUCAAUCAUCCCCUAGUGGUUAUGUUUUCGUCGGGAACGACAGGCACUCCAAAAGGAAUUGUGCAUUCACACGGGGGUCUUGUGAUAAACGGACUGAAGGAGAAUCGCCUCCAUAACAACUUCGCUUUUGGUGCGGGCCCACGAUAUUUUGAAGAGCUGCGGAACGCCUCGAUUGAUUCGGAUCCGUUCGCUGGUAAACUGGACUUAAUAGUAUCCACUGGAGCUAUUCUGACGACAUCUCUUUCCCUUUGGAUUGCGAAGUUCUUUGGACCUGUCUGUCAGGUGUCUAUGUCUGGAGGGACAGAGCUCUGUGGAUCUUUUGUACAUGGAACCAAAUCUUUACCGACGUGGCCGGGUCAGAUUACCGUCAAGGCCCUGGGACUUGAUGUUGAUGUAUUUUCACCUGAUGGCCACGCACUGGAAGCAGGGCAGAUGGGAGAACUGGUCUGUAAAAAACCUUUUCCUAACAUGCCUGUCUCUUUCCUACAUGAUGCAGAUAAAAAGAGAUACUUCAAUGCCUAUUUCUCCCAGAUAUUCGGUGUUUGGACACAUGGGGACCUCAUCAAGAUUGAUCCUCGCACAAAUGGCUUGAUUAUUCUCGGCAGAAGUGACGGGGUUCUCAAUCCAAAUGGUGUCCGUUUCGGGUCCUCUGAAAUCUAUGCAGUUCUUGAACAGCAUUUUUCAGCUUCCGUAAAGGACUCUCUUUGUGUUGGCCAACAGAGACAAGAAAGAGAUCUUCAUGAAAGAGUGUUUUUAUUCUUAAAGUUCUCGUCGUCUCCAUCGGAACCAUCUCGUUCUCAGCUGAAGGAUAGAAUUCGCCAAAAGAUCGCUGAAGAACUUAGUCGCCGCCAUGUGCCACACUUCAUUUUUGAAGUCAAAUCAAUCCCAUACAAUGUCAAUGGGAAAAAGAUGGAGACACAAGUCAAAAGCAUUCUCAACAGAGGAAAGGAUGCAGUGUCAUCGAUGAAGGUUUCCGAUGCGGAGAAGGCAUCACUGGAAUUUUUUGUCAAGUUCUUUCAUAUCGAGGACCCGUCGUCCAAGUCAAAAGACAGCGCAAAUAACAACAAGCCAUCAGUGGCAAAGCUUUAG